UGAGUGCAAAAUGGAUGCAAAAACAGUGGAGAAAUUGUUGAAGGCUCAGCAAGAGCAUUUUGAGAAAAUGUUAGUAACUCUUAAAGCCGAGUGAGUGGAACGACACCGAAUUGUACAGCAAAUUGGUUGGGAUGAUUGGUGAGUUCGUUUUUGAUUUGUCGAGUGGUAUGACCUUUGAGUCAUGGUUGUGCAGGCAUCGGUCCUAUUUUGAGGUGGAGGGUAAAACCCUGCCAGAAUCCUCUAAAGUGAGAUUGUUGUUGAGUAAAUUGGGGCCAGAAGAGUAUGCCCAAAUUGAAAGGAAGAUGCUGCCAACCAAGUUGAGUGAGAUGAAGUUUGACGAACUGUGUAGUGAGUUAGUGAAAGAGUUUAGCGACCAUAGGUCCAAAUUGUUGAAAAGGUUCGAGGCCUUAAAUGUUAAGUGUAGUGACCUUCAAGAUAUUGUUGAGUUUGGGAAUGUAGUGAAUGCUCAAUGUGAGCGUGCAGAAAUGGCCUUGUCGAUUGAAGAAUUGAAAAUUCUUAUUUUUAUUUCAGGUUUGCCUAGUGAUGCUACCUCAGUUCGACAAGUCGCAAUGAAAAGUGUUGAAAGUAAAAGUGAAAGAGGACAGGCAGUAACCUUGAAAGAAAUUAUUGAAGAGUGUCGGGCAUAUUUGGCAAAUAAAAGUGAAGCCAUGUAUAUUGUCAAGGAGAAAAUUAGUGAAGUAAAAAAAGAAGUGCCGACAGUCAACACAGUGGAAAAAGUGAAAUGUUGUGAAAAGAGUGAAAGUGAAAUUGGAAGUGAGUACAAAAAACAGUGGUCCAAACCAAACGUCAAGUAUCAACAAAAUGUUAUUGAGAAAAAGUGCAGUCAUUGUGGACGUUUUGGUCACUGGCGUAUGCAUUGUAAGUUCUUGAAGAAUAAUCAGUAUCAGCCAAAAAGGCAGUGGAGUAAUGAUAAUAAUCAUUCAGGUUCUCCAUAUUGUGCAAUUCUGGACAUCUUCGAUCCAAUGCAAAGUGUGGAAAAAGAAGAGUGGAUAAAGCAAAAAGUGAAGUUUGGAGAACUUAGUGUAGAAAUGAUUGUAGACACUGCAUCGCAGAUCAAUGUUGUCACCAGUGAAGUGUGGAAAAGUAUUGGACAGCCAACAAUUGAAAAAGUGAAUUACAGUGGUGUUGGGCUGGGUGACAACAAAGUUGAAAUUGAAGGAAAAUUCAGAAGCAAAGUGAGAGUGAAAGACAAAGACGUCUUUAUGGAGUUUCAUCUAGUGAAUAGUGAAGUGUGUAUCUUAGGGUUGCCUGGAUUGAAAGAAGUGUCAAGUCGGAACCAAAAGCCCAAGUACCAAAAGUGGAGUAAAAAGAAGGCACCAUUCAAGAUACAGAAAAAUGCUUUUCCGAACGGCACAAAAGUGAAAGUGAAGAAUACCAAUAAAAGAAGUGGUAAAAUCGAGUGGCUUCAUGGAGAAAUAGUGAGAAAGACGGAAAAUGCCUGGAAAAUCAAAGUGGCAGUGUUGAAGUGUAUUGUGACCAGGACAUUUAAAGAGAUCCGUCGAGAUGAGUGGAGUAAUAAAAAGAAGUUGUUGAAUGAAGAUAUUCGGAAUAUGAAUAUUAGUGAAGAAAAAGUGUCGAGUGAAAGUAGUGUAACUUCUUCGAGUGCCAGCAGUGUGGACAGCUCAAAGAUGAUCAAAUCAAAAAUGAAGGACAACGUUGGGAACAAAUCAAAGAUGAAAGAUGUCGAAGAUGAUAAUAAUAUGGAGAUGUAG